UUGUUGAAUAAUAAUUCAAAAUUAAACUGUCAAACUUGACCUCAAUGUAUCAUCAAAAAAAUUAGGCCAAUUUUAUCUGUUAGAAUGAUAAAAACAGUAAAAAGAGGAAGAGCAAUUCGAGAUUCCUAUUUAGUUCAAGAUUAUCUGACCAAUGAUAAUGUUCGAAAAGAAGUUAUUUUGCAUUUUGUCAGUGAUAUCACUAUCUACAAUUUUAAAAGUAAAUGGAGAUGAUUCACCGAGCAUAAUUAUUGUAGGUGCAGGGCCUUCUGGAAUCUCAGCUGCAUCAAAACUUUUUCAAAAUAGAUUUAAAAAUAUUAAAAUUCUUGAAGCCGAAAAUAGAAUUGGUGGCAGAGUUUAUACAACACAAUUUAAAAAUUACCUAAUUGACAUGGGUGCUCAAUGGGUGCAUGGCGAAAAAGGAAACGUUGUGUUCGAAAUGGUCUGGCCACUUGGAAUAUUAGAAAAAAGUAACAUAACAAGUCGUCGGAGUGGUAUAUUCGAUUCUUCAGGAAAUAAAUUAGAUCAAGCUGUUAUUAAUGACUAUCAUGAUUUUCACAAUGAACUGUAUGACAAUUUAACAGCUUACGCUCAAGAUCACAAAAACGAAUCCAUAGGCGUUUACUUUACAAGCGAGUAAUUAUCAAUCGAAAAAAUAUUUUUUAAAGUAAUGCAGAUUUUGAAAAGCACUUUCUUUUUAGAUCCAACAAAUAUUUUGACACUCAUCCACAAUUUAAAGGAAAUUAGAAGGGAUUGUUGCAUUUACUAGACAUUACGACAAUGACUGGUGACGCUGCAGAUACUUGGUGGGAUGUUUCAACGACAACUGCAUCAGAAUAUCAUGACAAUGCGGGUGAUCAUUUCGUCAAUUGGAAAGAACGUGGCUAUGGCACUAUAUUGGAUAUACUAAUAAAACGUUUUCCAAAUUCCGAAGAAGAAUUACCUGUUUUAAAUAAUACACUCUUGAAUGCAGAAGUUACAUUAAUUGACUACACGAAUCAAAAUGAAAAAGUUACAGUGAAAACUGCAAACGGAGACACCUACUCUGCGGAUCAUGUCAUCUUCACAUGUUCCUUGGGAGUUUUAAAAGAUAAACACCAUUCAAUUUUCAAGCCUGCUCUCUCAGAUGAAAAACAAAAGACUAUUGAAUCACUUGGAUUUGGAGUUGUCGGAAAGAUUUUCCUCUAUUUCGAAGAACCCUGGUGGCCUAACGAAACAUCACAUGGAUUCACGUGGAAUGAUAUUCUUUGGAAAGAAGACGAUUUACAGGAAAUAAAAAAUAAUCCAGAAAAGAAAUGGCUCCUCGGUUUAGUUGGUUUUGGAUUAGUGGAGCAUAAAGCAAAAUUACUCGAAGGAUGGAUAGCCGGAAAUUAUACUCGAGAAAUGGAAGAACAUUCAGAUGAAAAAAUUUUGAAAGAUUGUAUUGAAGUUUUACAAAGAUUUUUUGGAAAAUCAUAUAACGUUACUACACCCAAUGCAAUAAUUCGUACUAAAUGGGGCAGUAAUAGUAAUUUUCAAGGUACCUACAGCUACAGAAGUAUGAAGUCUAACACCGAAAAUGUUUGGGCGAAAACAUUAGCAGAACCGAUUGAUGAAAAGAAGCCGUUCUAUUUGCUGGAGAAGCUACAAAUCCUCAUCUUUUUGGCACAGUUCAAGGAGCAAUUGAGACUGGUUGGAGAGAAGCUGAAAGAAUUAUUAAACAUUAUCCGAAAGCAACAAAUUAGAAGCAAAUCGAAUUUCUUAUAAUCUUUAAAAGAAAAUAUUUACCAAGAAAUUAUAAUAUCCAACAAUGAAUGUCAAUCAAAAUAAUACUAACAAUGUUUGUCAUUUUUUCUUUUUUUUAAUAUUUACUAAAUAUAUUCCCUUUAAAUCUGGUA